GCAGACUCAGCGCUGAGCGGUGAAGCGUCCACUCGUUUGUUUAAAGGCCGUGUCUCCGUGUUUUCGUGGUUGUAGUUUAAACAACAGUGCUAAACUACAGCCGGGCCGGUUUACGGCAUGUCGUGGAGCGGCGAGUGAGAGGAAACUACACGUGUGUUCACAGCAAGGCUCCGGUGAUGGAGGAGCGGGGCCCGUCUUCGUCUCGUGUCGUUGGUCUCGGUCUGUGUGACGGGGCCGCCCUGCUGUGGAGGGUGGAGGACCUGAAGACGGUCAGGUCUCAGGGUCUGGUGGGGGCUCUGCUGGGUUCGCUGCCCCGGACCCCCCGACAGAACGGGCGACUGGGAAGACCCCUGCUACUGCUGCCAGAGGAGGAGAGACUGCUGACCGAACGCCACGCCGCUGCCGCGUUACCGGGCGCUGACCAGGAUGUCGGAGGGGUCGAGCUCCGUCAGCGGGUGGAGCAGUACGAGGAGGAGCAGCAGAGGAGUUACGAGGAGCAGAGUGUCCUCGCUCUGGAGGACAGGAAGUCAGCGCUGCUCCGAGCCAUGACCUCGUCGCACACAGGUUCAGGCUCUGGGACCUCAGAGGAGGCCCUGCGGGGCCGCCUGGAGGCCCUGACCGGCCGAGCUUCAUCUUCUCCUUCUUCAGGUGACCCUCUUCGUUUCCACGCCCACUUCAUCGCCGUCUGUCUCUCUCUGGACGAGUCCGUCUCUCUGCUGGACGUCCUCGCUGUGGCUCGUCUAGGAUCCAACGUGAAGAAGACCGUCCUGCUCUGCUCACCGGGGACGGACGGAGGAGUGCUGUACACUUCAUUACAGUGGAGCGGGAUGGUGUAAAGAACUGAGGGCUGGUCUGGAGACAGCAGGGUCGGCAGCGGCGAACGGGGUCUCGAAUGUGAAGUUUGAAACGGGUAGGAGGUUGUUGUUUGCUCCUGCUGGUCUGCAGCGUCUGAUACGGUUAUAAUACAGUAAAACAGACGUUAACGGACUCCAGGAACCUCUCCCAGGAUCCCUGCUGGUCUUCCCACCUUGGUUUAGGACCACAGACUGAGAUCGGAGGUGGUUUAAAUACUGAAGAGAAAAGUAAACUGAGCAGGUUUGACUCUCUGGAACUGAGAAGAACCGACUGACAGUGAAAUCCAGAAGACAUUACGGAUGUUGUGAAGAGCGAAAUCUGAAUCUGGUUUUUGUUUUCCUUUAGCAGCAGACGAGGCUGGAUUCCUAAAUGUCGGUAGUGGCUCCGGAAUCAGGUUCGCUGUGGUUCAAAUAGUGUGCGAUAACUGUAAUAGCUGCUCAUUUGUUUCAGAAUACACAACAAAACAUACAAUGACAGUCCUACAGUGGGGCCAGAAUCCAGUUUUAUCAAAAUCUCGUGCCAGGCUCUGCAGCACAGGAUCACUGGUUGUUCUCUGGGACUCGAGGCAUGAUCCAGUGAAGACUCCGUGUGCACUGCAGGUGGUGGGUACCUGUGUUCUAAUGAACACGGAGUGGGAUGAUUUGGGGCCAACAGGGGCCCAUGGUUUAGUUUCACCCGACACAAACCAUUUUUCAUGGAUACGAUAAUAGAACGAAGAGCCUAGAAACCGUGUUGAGUGCGAUGAAGUAUCGGGGAGGAUCUCUGAGAAUCAAGUCGUCAUAUUUGAGCUUAAAUCAAUGUCAGUCUGAAAAGAGGGAUUUAAGAACUGAUGGGGAUCUGAAAGAUGAUGAGCAGAGAUGGAGGGAAAACAACAUUCAUAGUUAAGAGGUUGAAACGUGUUACAUCAAUGAUACGAUCCUGUAGAAAACAGUUGUUUCAUGACUCGCAGAAAUAAAGUUCUUCCUGAGCCAGCUUCCAGGAAACUCCUGAAAAAUGAGCCUUCGGGUUAUUCUUGGUCUAAAUGUGUCAUAAAAAGUGUUUAAUGUAUCUCUGUAAUAUCAGCAGACACACUUGCACCCGGUAUCACAUCACUUCAAUUUAAUUUAUAAAGCGCUAAUAUCAUAACAGAGGUUCUCUCAGGGCACUUUUCAUGUAGAGCAGGUCUAGACCAGACUCUUUAUAGUUCUAGUCAUCACAGCUCUUUAACUCGUGGAAAACUUAAAACAGCCUAAAACACUGUCGUGGACCGGAACCGGCAUUGAAAGUAAAGGUCUCUGUGGUCCACUCAGUUUAUGCAGAGUAGGUCCUGGUAUAUUUUCCACAGAUCCGUUUUGGAUCAGGUUAAAGUCUUGGACCCAUUGGGGGUCUGGUGACCACCCACCAACGCUGAGUGGUUGAAGCUGUGAUGCUGCUCACAGAAGGCUGUACAGCUUUUCUACUCAUUGAUUAUCGAUCAUAAAAACAGAGAGGGGCGUCUUAACGCAGAUCAGGUCUGGAUCCACCCUUCGACCAUCGGCUGGUGAAACCUUUCUCUCAGAUGUUCAGUAGAAAGGUAAAGUUUGGUCCCAGUCGAUA